GCUCUGACAAAGAGAGAAAAAUAAAAACAACGUACAAACAACAACAAAUGGUCGCGCGGAGUUCUGUGUGUUGAGAGUUUUGCGAUUUAAAAUUGAAUUUUGUGUGUCUAAUAAUAAUGAAGUAAACAAUUCGCACAGCAACGCGCUACAAAUUUUGUCCAGAGCAAACACAGUGCAAGAUAAAAACCGCAAGCUGUGCAAAAAAUACCCAAUAACAGUAAAUAGCUAUUGCUAAGCCAGCUGCUGCUCUGGCGAAUAUUGUACAAAUUAAUAAAGCAUUAAAAGUAAUUAUAUAAAUAUUUUAAACAACAACAAAUAUAAAGGCCCCAAGCAGAGGCAAGUGCAAUAAUAGAGCCACAGUUAUUAAACAACAACAGCAACAACUUGAAGUGGCUUUACAUCGGUGUGUGUGUUGGUGUGCGUGUGUGUUUAUGCGUUAGUGUGCAGGUAUAAAGCAAAGCAAAGUAAAGCGAAGCAAACAACAAGUAAAACUAUUUACCAAAAAGGAAACGACAAACCAAGCCCAGCAUCUCAACAGAAACGGCAACAGCAACAGCAGAGAGGCAGCAGCUGCGUCAUCAACCGUGCAGUCGACGCAGACGCCGGCUAGGCAUCAUUAGUUGGCGUCGCUGCCCGAGCCCCUCGCUCCUAUCUUACUAAGAAACAGAAACUUGACGAAACGAUCGCGCUGCAGUCGUUGUCGUUGUAGUCGUCGUCUUCGGCUUGGUUUGCUUUACCUGUUAAACAGGUUUUGAAGAAAAACAACAACAACAACAAUUAUAAGCAAACGCGCGCGUCGCUUAACCAAUAACAACAAAAGCAACAACAACGAGGCACAGCAUAAAAAGGUUUAUGUUCGUGUAUGCAAGUGUGUGUGUGUGUGUAUAGUUUUGUGACUGCUGCUUCUUGGAAACCUUUCAAGCGUCGACGCCGACGUCGCCGCCUGCAUACUACGUGAAACGCGCUGCGGCUUUUGUUACCUGCAUUGACGCUGCUGCAAUUAACAACAACAACAACAACAAUACUACUGCCUACUACGCGUUUGUGAUUUCUGCUAAAAGCAACAACAACAACAACACGCUAAAGCUGAGUGAAGCAAACGGCCGAUUAUAACAGUGAAAAAGAGUGUGUGUGUGCGCGCAAAGAAAAUGCUUUAAGACCUGGCCGUAAAAUAAGGGCCAACACGUACGCCAUUUUGAAUUUUGAGUUUUUCAAAGUUCUUCCAAAGUGUGCGAGUUUUUUUUCCUACGCUUUUCUUAUUUAUGUUCAUCGCAUCGGUCGCGAUGUGGCGCUGCCUUUUGGCAUCUUCCGACGCACGCUAAAGCAGCGGAACGGCUGCGACUUUGUCGUAACGCUUACCGUUAGAACACAAAGAAGAAGGAGUUGAAAAACGAGGUAGCAAAAGUUUUUUUUUGGAGCAAAAAUCACGCAAACAGCAACAGCUACAGCAACAACAACAACGACAAGCACAUAGAACGUUAACUAAACCAACAAAAUGGGUACGACAACAAAAACAAAAGUAAGAGCAACAGCAAUAAGCAGAACAAGAACGACAACAACAACAAUUACAUCAACAAGAAAAUCAACGUCAAGCAGAACAGGGAGUUCGAAAUACAUUUUGAUCGCCCUCACAGCCUUGAUUUCACUGAUUGCCGCCCAGUCGGACGAAUCGAUCGAUACGAGAGAGAAUGCUGAUCUGGAGCUUAAGUGUCGGUUCACCGAAAAGUACGAGGCAAAUGAUUUCUCCUUCUACUGGGCACGCUGGACGGCAAAUCCUGCGCAAUUCGAGAACGUGGCCAUUGGUGAUGUGCAGCUCAGCUCCGGCUACAGACUCAACUUCCAACCGGAGCGUGGCAUUUACGAUCUGCUAAUCAAAAACGCCUCCUAUAGUCGCGACAAUGGGCGCUUUGAGUGUCGAAUCAAAGCCAAAGGCACUGGCGCUGAUGUGCAUCAGGAGUUCUACAAUCUGACCGUGCUAACACCACCACAUCCACCUGUUAUAUCGCCCGGCAACAUUGCCGUCGCCACCGAGGAUAAGCCCAUGGAACUAACCUGCAGCAGCAUUGGUGGCUCACCGGAUCCAACGAUAACCUGGUAUCGCGAUGGUUCUAAUUCCCCGCUGCAGUCCACAGUCCUACGUGGUGGAUCUAAGGAUCAGCCCACUAAUGCCACGCUGGCUAUUACGCCACGUCGCGAGGAUGAUGGAGCCAAAUAUAAGUGUGUGGUUCGCAAUCGUGCAAUGAAUGAGGGCAAACGUUUGGAGGCCAUAGCAACACUCAACGUUAACUACUAUCCGCGCGUCGAGGUUGGACCAGAGAAUCCACUGCGCGUAGAACGUGACCGCACUGCCAAAUUGGAGUGUAACGUAGAUGCGAAACCGAAAGUGCCGAAUGUGCGCUGGACACGCAACGGGCGCUUCAUUAGCUCCUCGCUCGUGCACACCAUACAUCGUGUGAGCGUGCAGGAUGGCGGAAAGUACACGUGCAGUGCCGACAACGGACUUGGCAAGACGGGGGAGCAGGAGCUUAUUUUGGACAUCCUGUACCCGCCCACAGUGGUUAUCGAGUCUAAGACGCGUGAGGCAGAGGAGGGUGAGACUGUGAAUAUACGCUGCAAUGUGACGGCCAAUCCGUCGCCAGUGACCAUCGAAUGGCUGAAGGAAGGAGCUCCCGAUUUUCGGUACAACGGUGAGGUGUUGACCCUCGCCUCUGUGCGCGCCGAACAUGCUGGCAACUACAUUUGUCGUGCCGUUAACAUCAUGCAUAGUCAGGGUCAGGAGCGUAGUGAGCGUGUGGGAAAUUCCACAGUUGCAUUGCUAGUACGCCAUCGUCCGGGACAGGCUUAUAUUACGCCGAAUAAACCCGUUGUGCAUGUAGGCAAUGGAGUUACACUCACCUGUUCUGCCAAUCCACCUGGCUGGCCAGUGCCUCAAUACCGCUGGUUCCGCGACAUGGAAGGCGAGUUCUCAACUGCACAGAAAAUAUUGGCAGCGGGCCCACAGUACUCCAUACCCAAGGCCCAUCUAGGCAAUGAGGGCAAGUACCAUUGUCAUGCUGUGAACGAGCUGGGUAUUGGCAAGUUGGCAACCAUUGUGCUGGAAAUACAUCAGCCACCUCAGUUUCUGGCGAAAUUACAGCAGCAUAUGACGCGACGUGUGGCAGAUACAGACUACGCAGUGACCUGUAGUGCUAAGGGUAAACCUGCACCCAGCAUCAAGUGGCUGAAGGAUGGUGUUGAAAUUCUACCUGAACUCAAUCUGUAUGAGGUCAAGACAGAUCCGGAUCAGGGACCAAAUGGUAUGGUAACAGUGCAAAGCAUGCUCAAGUUCCGAGGCAAGGCUCGUCCAAAUAGCAAUCAACUCGUCCCUGGCGAUCGCGGCCUCUACACCUGUCUUUACCAAAACGAAGUAAAUUCGGCGAACUCAUCUAUGCAACUACGCAUUGAACACGAACCCAUCGUCUUGCAUCAGUAUAACAAAGUUGCCUACGAUAUUCGGGAGACCGCAGAAGUAGUAUGCAAAGUUCAGGCAUAUCCCAAGCCCGAAUUCCAAUGGCAAUUCGGCAACAACCCCUCCCCUCUGACCAUGUCGUCUGAUGGUCAUUAUGAAAUAAGUACAACCACAGACAACAAUGACAUAUACACGUCCGUGCUGCGCAUCAAUGCGCUCACGCAUUCCGACUAUGGCGAGUAUACCUGUCGGGUUGUCAACUCACUGGACACCAUUCGCGCUCCCAUUCGUUUGCAACAAAAAGGCGCACCGGAAAAGCCAACAAACUUGCGGACAACUGACGUAGGCCACAAUUACGUGACUCUUAGCUGGGACCCAGGUUUCGAUGGUGGUCUGAGCAAGACCAAAUUCUUUGUGAGCUACCGACGCGUUGCCAUGCCACGUGAGGAACAGUUGAUACCAGAUUGCGCAGCACUGGCCACAUCCAGCACAGAGUGGGUCGAGGUUGACUGCCACCGUGACAACCCAUGCAAGGUUACCUCACUGGAUCAGCAUCAGAGCUACGCGUUCAAGGUUAAUGCGUUGAAUCCGAAAGGCAAUUCACCUUACUCCAACGAAAUUAUGACCACCACCAAGGUUAGCCGCAUUCCACCCCCGCUACAGGUCACAUAUGAGCCAAGCACACGAACUCUGGGCAUCGAUGUAGGCGCCACAUGUCUUUCGCUUGUCGCGGUUGUAGAGACCAUGGUGCAUGGUGACACGCCCAUGGCCGCCUGGGAAGUUGUGGAUACCGUAGAGAAUCUGCAGCUGUCUGGCAAUGGACCCACGCACAAGGAAAAGGUCAUCGAUCGUUUGAUUGCACCACGUCGCAGUGGAGGCGGCCGCGCCCUUGGUCACACCAUAAGCGAGGAUGAGGACGAUGCGGGUCUGAAUACUCUGGCACUUGAAGAUGACAACAGUCCAACGGUGCGCGUGAAACUCUGCCUGCGCAACAAUCCCGAGCACUGUGGCGAAUACACGGACGCUGAAAUUGGCCGCCCUUACAUCGCUGAGGCAAGUGCGCUCGCCACCCCCACGCUCAUUGCGAUAAUCGUGUCGUGCAUUGUGUUCGCUCUGUUCGCCGGUCUGUUGCUCAUGUUCUGCCGCUGCAAACGCAACCAGUCGAAGAAGAGCGCCGCCGCUAAGGACUACGAGAUGGACUCGGUGCGGCCGUCAAUUGUGGCCGCACAACAGAACCAGGCACCGCCGCCCUACUACCCGGCUAGUGGACUGGACAACAAGGCGCUGGAGCACUCUAUGGACCUCGCGUUGAGCAUGGAGGAGCAGAAGACGGCUCUGUAUGCAACACAAAAUGGCUAUAGCUACCAUCCGGGUAGCGGCGUCGUUGGUGCCGGCGGUGUGGUCGGGGUUGGCGGCGUUGGCGUGACCGGCAUACCCGGUUUGACAGGACACACGUUGCCAGGAAAUGAAUGGGUCAACAUGGGCUAUAUGGAGAACAAUUAUUCCAAUUCGAAUAAUGGUGGCAGCGUCAAUUCGCAGGAUUCGCUGUGGCAGGUGAAAAUGUCCGCCGCCGCUGUCGGCACACAGCAAAGUCUAGUGGCAGCGCCUCUCAACACCUAUGUGGAACAACAGCCCACUUAUGGCUACGAUCCGCUCACCCAUGGCGGCUACGGAGCUGUUGACGAUUAUGCUCCCUAUCCCCAUCUAACUGCCACACCCAGCCAGGUGGGCGACGAAUAUCACAAUCUGCGCAACAGCCAGAAUCCGUCCCGGCAGGACUACUGCAGUGAUCCCUAUGCCAGUGUGCAGAAGCCGAAGAAGCGUGUUGAUCAGCACUUAGAUUCACCAUAUCACGACGUAAGCGGCUUGCCGAAUCCCUACAACAUGGAGCACAUGGAACAGGACGAGGUGCUGCCUCCACAACAGCACAUGUCCCUCAGCUACGAUGACAGUUUCGAGGGCGAGUAUUCGACAACGCCAAAUGCACGAAAUCGACGCGUCAUACGCGAGAUUAUUGUCUAGAAUUGGAGCUACCCUGAAAUAAAACAGCAACAACAAUAACAACGAGAAAAUAGAAAGAGGGCGCAGCAACAACUAGACUGUAAAAACGAAAUCAAAAGCACAUAACGUUCUCAUCACAUUCAUUGCAACCACCUCAUCAGCCCAGCUUCCAGUCUCAUCGUCAUCAUGCAAAUAUUGAGUCUCGCCCUUCUUCCUUAUACCCAACAACGAAACAAACUUCGAGUCGAAUUUUGUGCAACUCUUUACUUAAUUUUUACUCAAAUUGUUUUUGAGCAAAGGUGGCCAUGUUUUAUAAUUUUUUAUAGUUCAUAUAUACAUACAUACAUA